AUGCACGAUGUUCAAUCAGGGGAUUUAGCCAAGAAUUUUGAAAGUGAAAUAACAUAUAGAAUGAAUCAAGAUAUAGAUCCAUGCACAAACUUUUACGAAUUUGCUUGCGGUGGUUACAUGCAGAAGACUUCGAUUCCAACUGGAUAUUCUAAAUGGAAUGAUGUUUUUCAGAUUUUAGACUCAAUUUAUUCCACCAUAAAAGAUUUAUUAGAAAAUCCAAAUACGAAAUACGAAGGAAUGGCCGAAAGACAAGCUAAGAUUUAUUAUGAUUCUUGUUUAGAUAAGACCAACGAUAGAAAAAAAUUGCAAGGAAUACCUUUAAGGAAACUAUUAGAUAUAUACGGAGGCUGGGAUUUGUUAAGCGUGAAUAAAAAGCCUUCCCCUUUCAUAGAUGCCUCCUCCACAUCAAAAAAAAUUAGAUACCCCAAAAAAGGUUUUCCUGACAAGUUCAAUUCUGUGUUUUUUAGAUUAGAUAUUCUCCCCGAUCCUAAAAAUUCUUCCAGGAACCUAUUCCACAUCCUUAGAACAGAAUCAACCCUCCCAGGCAAGGAUUUUCACAAUGGAAGUGUUCUUUAUAAUAGCACUUUAAAGUACAUGACGAAUAUUGGAAAUUUAUUACAAAAGAAGCGAAUUAUUUCUAAGUAUAUGAACAUGAACGAAAUAAAAUUAAAACUACACGACAUUAAUAAAACUGACACUGAGAAACAAAAAGAACAGAAGAAACAAAUGAAUAAACAACUCACAAACAUUAUGUCAACUAUAUUAGAAUUGGAGAGGCUAAUAGCGAAAAUUACUCCACCUUUGACAUUAGACGAUGCGAAAUACCAGUCUUUGGAAGAGUUGGAUAAAAAUUUUGAUUUUAUGAAUUGGACAAGUUUUAUAAAUCAAAUGUUCGACCCUCUCAACAUCUCUAUAUCUGCCGAUCAACUCUUUUGGGUCACAUCCAUCUCCUACAUGAAAGAGUUAACUAGCCUUAUCAAGCAGUACUUAAAUCAACCCAACUCAUCUAGAAUUUUACAUCAUUACAUAAUGUGGCAAAAGAUAAGGCCUCUCACACGUUAUUUGUCAAAAAAAUUCAGCAAUGACCCUAAGUUUAUAAAUAAUACUGUUCCUGGUUGGAAGUUAUGUUUAGAAGAAAUUCCCAUUUUUAUGAAUUUCCCAAUCAGUUCCCUUUACCUGAAAUCCAAUUUUUACUCCAGUGAUAAAUUGAAACUAAAUGGAAUGGUUGAUAUGAUAAAAUUGGCUUAUAAAACAAGUUUGCAGAAUCUUAAUUGGAUGGAUAUAACUACGAAGGCUAGAUCUAUCGCAAAGGUGGAUGCGAUAAAACUCAAAAUUGGUUAUCCUGACUACAUAAUAAUUCCCAAAGAACUGGACAAAGAUUACCGAGGACUAAAUAUGAAAAAGAAUUCGUACUUUAAAAAUUACCUCAACCAAGAUAUAGCAAGCCAUUUGAACAAAUUAAAAAGGCUUUUUGAGCCCAUCGAUAAGGAAAGAUACUAUUUACCUCCUCAUUUCGUUGAUGCUUAUUACGCAUGGGCCGAAAACGAUAUAACUUUUUUGGCAGGACUUUUGCAAAAACCGUUAUAUGAUAGAACCUAUCCAGAAACAUAUCUAUUUGGAGCUAUAGGAAGCAUUAUAUCCCAUGAAAUAAGCCACGGCUUUGAUAAUAACGGUAGGAAAUACGACGAAAAAGGUAAUUUGAAUCAAUGGUGGACGAACGAAUCGAUAAAAAUUUACGAAGAAAAAAUAAAUUGUUACGGAGAACAAUAUUCUCAUUAUUCGAUUAAUAAAACUCAGAAACUACAAAAUUGCCUUAACCCUGCCGAUAUUAACGACAUACAAUUAUUAAAAUCCAACGAUAAAUAUGGAUGGCACAUGGCUCGAAGCACUUCCAAUCCAAACCUUAGAGAACCUCUUAACCAACGAACAACUGAGAGCAAAAAUACCCAACAUUCUCGAUCCAAAACCUUUCAUAACAGGAUGACCUUAGACCCGACGUUAAACUUCAACAAAACUUUAGGAGAAGAUAUAGCAGAUAACGAAGGACUCUCCGUAACUUUACAAGCCUGGAAAAGUUAUCAAGCCAUGAACAAGAGUGCCAUAUACUCUUCCAAGUCCAAUAUAUCCGAUGAUCAACUAUUUUUCCUUGCGUAUGCUCAAAUACAUUGUGAGAAGCAAACAAUGGAGAAUCAAUUAUUGGAAAUUAUAUCUAGUUUUCACAGCCCAAAAAUAUACAGAAUCAACGGUGUUGUGUCUAACUUAAAACAGUUCUCAAAGGCAUUUAACUGUUCUACUAAAGCAAAGAUGAACCCUCCUAAUAAAUGUUCGCUUUGGAUUUAA